UGGUGGGCUGGGGGAGCGCCAGGGAGGAGCGCGCGCCGCGUCUUCGAGCGUUGCGAAGGAGGGAGAAGGCACGAGGGGAGAGGACCGAAAUUGGGGAAAGGGAGAAGAGGAGCCAAGGCUGCCGCUUCCGCGGCUGGACUGCGCCGGCGCCCUCAGCAGCGCUCGAGAGGGGGCUUCCCGGCAUCCUGGAGCAGAGCAGAGGAGAGGAGAGCGGAGCGAGGAGGAGCGGCCGGCGUCGCUUCUCUCUCCCUUUUCGCCCGCGGGUCGGAGCCGGCACGGGAGGCACAGAGGCGCGUGCCCGGCGGAGAAAGGGAGAGUGCCAGAGAGCGCGAGCCGGGGCGCGCGGAUCGCCCUCAGCCCCGCGCACGCGCGCGCUCUCAGGCAGCCCGGGAAGAGGAGCCGGGAGAGGAGGGCGCCGGUUUUGAGGAGGGGAAAGGGGAAGGGGAGGGGGGAGGAGGCAAGAGCCGCCUUUCUUCGCUCCUCUGCCGGCCGCCGAAGCUGAAUUCCCUCUCCCCUCCUCCUCCCCCUCCUCCUCCUCCUGGUCACGCACAACCUGCGCCCUCGCUUGCUGGCUUGCUCCAGACCUUCUCCUCGCCUCCUUUGGUUCUCAGAGAGAGAGGGACGCUGCUGCUCCUGCUGCUUCUUCUUCCCAGGAAAGUUUGCCCCCAUGGCGCUCAUUAUGGAACCCGUCAGCAAGUGGACCCCCAGCCAAGUGGUGGACUGGAUGAAAGGUCUUGAUGAUUGCCUGCAGCAAUAUAUCAAGAAUUUUGAAAGAGAGAAGAUUGGUGGGGACCAGCUACUACGCAUAACUCACCAAGAAUUGGAAGAUCUGGGGGUUACUCGAAUUGGCCAUCAAGAACUUAUUUUGGAAGCAGUUGACUUACUCUGUGCACUGAACUAUGGGUUGGAAACAGAAAACCUAAAAACGCUUUCUCACAAAUUAAAUGCAUCUGCCAAAAAUCUUCAGAACUUUAUCACAGGGAGGAGGAGGAGUGGUCACUAUGAUGGCAGGUCGAGCAGAAAAUUACCAAAUGAUUUCCUUACCUCAGUGGUGGAUCUGAUUGGAGCAGCAAAAAGUCUUCUGGCUUGGCUGGACAGAUCACCUUUUGCUGCUGUGACAGAUUAUUCUGUAACAAGAAAUAAUGUCAUACAGCUCUGUCUUGAAUUAACAACGAUUGUACAGCAGGAUUGCACAGUAUAUGAAACAGAGAAUAAAAUUCUUCAUGUGUGCAAGACACUUUCUAAUGUCUGUGACCACAUAAUCUCACUCUCAUCUGAUCCUCUUGUAUCUCAAUCUGCUCACCUGGAAGUGAUCCAGCUAGCAAAUAUCAAACCAAGCGAAGGGCUGGGUAUGUACAUUAAAUCAACAUAUGAUGGUCUCCAUGUAAUUACUGGAACAACAGAAAAUUCACCUGCAGACCGAUGUAAGAAAAUCCAUGCUGGAGAUGAAGUGAUUCAAGUUAACCACCAAACUGUGGUGGGGUGGCAGUUGAAAAAUUUGGUGAAUGCACUACGAGAGGAUCCGAGUGGUGUUAUCUUAACUUUGAAAAAGCGACCUCAGAGCAUGCUUACCUCAGCACCAGCUUUACUGAAAAAUAUGAGAUGGAAGCCCCUUGCUCUGCAGCCUCUUGUACCUAGAAGUCCUACAAGCAGCGUGGCAACGCCAUCUAGCACUAUCAGCACACCUACCAAGAGAGACAGUUCUGCCCUUCAGGAUCUCUACAUACCUCCUCCUCCAGCAGAGCCUUACAUACCCAGGGAUGAAAAGGGAAAUCUUCCCUGUGAUGAUGUUGGAAGACUUUUAGUAGGAAAGCCAGUACAUAAGGGUUCCGAAUCACCAAAUUCAUUUCUUGAUCAAGAAUAUCGAAAACGUUUUAAUGUAGUGGAAGAAGAUGCUGUUUUGUACUGUUAUGAAUAUGAGAAAGGAAGAACAAGUAGCUCUGGACGAAGAGAAAGCACCCCAACUUAUGGAAAACUAAGACCUAUAUCUAUGCCAGUAGAAUAUAACUGGGUAGGGGAUUAUGAAGAUCCUAACAAAACAAAAAGAGAUAGUCGGAGAGAAAAUUCAUUACUUCGAUAUAUGAGCAAUGAAAAAAUUGCUCAGGAAGAUUACAUGUAUCAAAGAAACAGCAAGAAGGACACAGGCAAAAAAUCCAAAAAGAAAGGAGAUAAGGGCAACAGUCCUAGCCAUUAUUCUCUGUUGCCUAGUUUACAAAUGGAGUCUUUAAGACAAGAUAGCAUGAGCACACCUGGGCAUGAAACAUCCUUGUAUCAUACAUUUCAGCAGUCUUCUCUACAGCACAAAUCCAAGAAGAAGAACAAAGGUCUUGCACCAAGUAAGAGCAAAAGACGUAUUUCCUGUAAAGACCUUGGUCGUGGAGACUGUGAGGGCUGGCUUUGGAAAAAGAAAGAUGCCAAGAGUUAUUUUUCACAAAAAUGGAAAAAAUACUGGUUUGUUCUGAAAGAGACUUCAUUGUACUGGUAUAUCAAUGAGGAGGAUGAAAAAGCAGAAGGAUUUAUCAGCCUCCCAGAAUUUAAAAUUGAUAGAGCUAAUGAAUGUCGCAAGAAAUAUGCAUUCAAAGCCUGCCAUCCUAAGAUCAAAAGCUUUUAUUUUGCUGCUGAACAUCUAGAUGACUUGAACAGGUGGUUAAACAGAAUUAAUAUGCUUGCUGCUGGACAUGCAGAAAGAGAGAGGAUCAAACAAGAACAAGAUUACUGGAGUGAAAGUGAUAAGGAAGAAGUAGAAACUCCAUCGACACCUAAACAAGACAGCCCUCCUCCGCCAUAUGAUACAUACCCACGACCGCCUUCAAUGAGCUGUGCAAGUCCUUUUGUAGAGCCAAAACAUAGCCGACUCUCAUCCACUGAAACUUCCCAGUCCCAGUCUUCACAUGAGGAAUUCCGUCACGAACCAGUCGGGAGCACUACAGAAUCUCCCAUCCGCAAAACGGCCAGCCAGCGACGCUCAUGGCAGGAUUUAAUAGAAACACCACUGACAAGCUCAGGACUGCACUACCUUCAGACUCUACCACUUGAAGACUCAGUUUUCUCUGAUCCAACUAUUAUAUCUCCCGAACACAGGCGGCAAUCAACUCUUCCUACUCAAAAGUGCCACCUACAGGAUCACUAUGGGCCUUUUCCCUUGGUGGAGGGUGAGAAAUUGCAAGUCCUAAAUGGGAAUGGGGGAAAGCCUCGCAGCUAUACUCUGCCUCGGGAUAGUGGGUUCAACCACUGCUGCCACACGCUUUCUGUCAGUGCCUCAAGCCAUCAAGAAGAAAUGCCACAGAAAGAGGAAGAAGAAGGUGAAGGGGAAGGAGGAGAAGAAGUUGCAUUAGAAAACCAACAAGACGAAACUGAAACUCUAGAAGAAAAGUCUGCAGAUUCGUUGCAAGAUUUGUACCGAUCUUUGGAACUAGCUAGUUUGAACCCUUUGGGAGACUUUCAAAUAUCUACCAAAAUGGAAUACAAGAAAUUUUUUAUCAAGCGUUGCAAUGAUCCAGUGGUCAAUGAAAAAUUGCAUCAGCUGCGAAUUCUAAAGAGCACUUUAAAGGCCAGAGAAGAAGAAGUAGCCAUCAUAGAUAAAGUUCUGGAUAAUCCAGACUUGACUUCUAAAGACUUUCAAGACUGGAAACAAAUGUAUCUUGAUCUGUUCCUGGAUAAUUCACAGAACAACCUUUCGGAGGACCCUGGUAAUGACUCCGAUGAAGCUGAUGCACUUCUAGACUCUCUAGCACAUACUCAUUCCUACAUUGAAACGCAUGUAUAAAAAGAAAAAUAUCAGGUUUUUGUUUUCACUCUGCAGCUUUCCAGAUCUACUUCAGUGCACAGAGUAGCUUUUAUAUCAGUCUAUAAGAGAUCUAUUUUAAUGUUUCUAAUAUGAGUUCAGUGCAAUUUCCAUAGUCAUUGUGUGAAUAGAAACUUACAUACUUUCUAUGCUGCUGAUGUUCACUUUAUGUUUACAAACUCUGACUAUGAUCCAAAGGAGUAUGCAGUCAUGGGAGAGAACCAUGAUGCACAACUCUUAUUGUUGGAGAGAGCAGCUGCUUUUCAAACUGACGAGAAACACAUAUCUAGCUUCUUUGGAUCAAAACCAUUGUAUUUAUCGGUUUUUUAAAAAGAAAACUUUAAAAAUAGGUAUUUUGGAGGAUUACAUUGAUUUAUCGAAGGAAAGUUGGCAUAAGAGCAGUGUUUUACUGCAGAAAGUCAUUCCGUUUCCUAUUUUAGUAGUAUAUAACUGUUGUUAAGAGUUACAUUUUCAAAGUGCAGCUUUUGUUUUGGCCAGUGUGAUAAUUAAACUUUUAUAUUUGGUGGAAUAUUUUAGAUAUUUUCAUAAAUUAUUAAAAAGUGUAGUACUGUGAUAAGGACUGCAUUUUAAAGAAGAGUCAGGGAAUAAGAAAAAAGGACUUUCAUAAUAUGCUUGGAUGCUUCAUUUUUCACAUUCUUUUGAAAGAGGAUUAGCAGACAAUCUAUGGCACAGAAUUAGUCAAGGACUAAGGGCUGUCUGUGUUUCGGUUUUGACACAGAUUUUAGCACAUGUAAGCUCAAGUAUCUUAUUACCCAUUUCUCAGCCUCUUCUUACUUGUAUACAGGGGUUUUUCUAUUCUUAAAGCAUGAACAAUUUUUCUUUCAAGUCAACAUUUUAACUGUUUUGAAAUUAUCAGUUCAAGAUAAUUCAUGCUUUGAACUUUGAGAACACAUUGACAAUUCUGGGAAAAGGGAAGGGACACAAGUGUUUGGUAAAAGCAUUUGUCCACUUCAUACUAGCGUUACCCCUUUUUUGGUGGCUGGAAUUAUCAGUAAAGCACAUAGGUUCAAAAGAUUAGUUUCAAAAGGCAUCAGAUUCACACAUAAACCAAAUAUUAUUUAUUUUUUUUAAAAAGUUCCCUGGAAAUUCAUUUAAACUUUAAAAGGAACUGCGAUAAUUUCAAAACAGUUAAAAUGUUGACUUGAAAGAAAAAUUGUGUUACUGGGACUUUCAAAUAUUGAAUGUCAUAACUGCAGAUGUAUGCCACAUAUAGUCUAUUAACUCACAAGUAGCUGGACUCUAACCAGCAAAGCUGCAACCAUAGUAUUUUUAUUUUAUUGAUACCAUUAAGUUAGGCAUUCAUUCUUCAAAAUCUAGAUUUUAAUCCCCUCAAAUUGUUUGCAUUCUUGUUUCUUCCACAGUCAUCUCAUUCUUUCAUUUUAAAGUGUAGAUUUCCAGUUAUUUCAGAUUCCAAAGCAGGUCUAGCACAAACCUUUUAGGCCUGAACUAGCGAUACUGCUAUUUAGAGGUGUGGAUCCAUGUAAGCUUGCAGUCCUGCCUCUCACCAAUAUGUGUUUGUUUUUGAGCUUUUCCUGAGGGAGAGCUCGUUACACUAGCAAUCAGAAGACACUACACAGCCAUUUUGUCUCCCCCUGCCCCUUUUCCAUGGUAUGAGCAUACAGAAGAAGCCAUGGGAAAGUGUAGGAGGUUACAAGUGGCAGAUAACGAUAUCCAGAGGUCCCUGUAACAGUUGAAGGGUGAAGCAAGAUGAUCUUGAAAGGUCAUCUGUAACCGUGCUAUGUUUCUCAGAACUAAAACUCUACUAUUUGUUCAGGAGUUGAAAAUGCUGCAGAUUUAGCUAGUUUCAAGAGGAUAAUAAGAUAAUCUUGACCAGAGAGUUGUUCCUUUUACCUAAUGUUUGGUUUGAAACUGUAUCAGGAGAGGUGAAAUGUGAAAUCGUUUUAUGUAUGCGUAUGCGCCUGCCUAUUACAAUGACUUAAAACACCAGUCAUGCUUGAAUUGGAGUCUGUUGUAUCAAAUUGCACUGUAGUGUGAAAGGUUUGCUUUGGAGAAUGGGGAUCACUGAAUACUCAGUGAUAGGAGGUGGUAAUCCCAUGCUACUGUGUCAGGACUGGUGUUAAUUGGAUCUUGUGUUGUGUUGUAGGAAAACAUUUUGGCUUCUGCUUUUUUCAGCAACUAUGAAACUAAGUAUAUAAUGGAGAUAGCAUCCUCCUCUUGGUGGCCUGCAAAUGCUUUAGACUACAACUCCCAGAAUUACUUACCAUUGGCCUGGGGCUGAUGACAACUGAUGCCCAAAGUAUCUGGAGGGCAUCAUGUUAGAGAGUAUUAGCAUACUGCCUUGAUCAAACAGUGGUGCAUUCCACCUAAUAUGUGCCCAGCGAGGGAGAGGUUAAGACAGAGUCUUUCUCACUUGACCCCAGUUACUAUUUCAUGACAUAAACAACCACUGUAUCUGGUUCCUCUCAUUUUGUCCUUUCCCUCCAAAGAGUAUUUUGGACUGUAGUUACCACAAUCCCCCAGCCAGCAUAGCAAGGCUUGUUUUGGAGUGCUGCUUUGGAGUACAGUGUUUUGAACAAUGUUUCUAUUUGGACUAGAAUUCCGAUUCUCAACAUUCAGCACUUCUUGGGGGACUCUGGGAACUGCAGUUCAAAAAGUGACAUUUCCAGGACCAACAGCAAUAGUUUGUGAUAUAAAAGAGGAAAACAUGGGUGAGGUUUUCUUGGGAUUACUGAUCAGCAUAGCAAGGCAAUUAAUUACACAAUUAACCCUCGGUUUCACUAGCCCUUGCAUCUUAAAUAGCAAUUUCAUGUUGCUUUUGACUGGAAAUACUCCAAGUGAUUAACUCUAGAUUCUUUGCAGUGGACUCAUCAAUACCUUCCCCACUGUUUAUUCUCACAUUGCAAGAAGUUGACUGCAUUUUGACAGUCCUUCAUAUGUCACAGAAUUGGCCCUGAGAUACCCAAGUUGAUACAGUCAAUCUCCUAAUAAUUGAAAAUGCAGCUGAGGUUGAUGCAUUUACGAUGAAACCUGUCUGUGCCUGACUAGGGAUAGAAGCAGUAAAUUCAAAACCGUAUGUUUUUGCCCUUUUAUCAGCACCUUGAUUCUUGUCAUGAUUGUGCAUGACAAAAUAAAUCGCCUUGUGGCUUCUUAAUGCUUUUCUGCACAUGUGAGGAGUUGAGAUAUGAGCUGAUCGAUACCUGGGCAAAAGGGAAAAAAAAGACAAGUCUUUUAAAACGAGUCUGUCUGAGAAGUUGUGCUUUCUAACCUGGCUUCCAGCUAUUACUUGUUCAGCUCAGCGAAUGUACUUUUAAACUUUUAAUGAGCAUUUUAUGUUCUGCUCUUGGACUAAGCUUAAAUUCAAAGGAUAGUCCAUUUCUUUUCAACUGCAUUUUUUGAUUGCAAACGUCUUGCAAAUUUUGCACAAUUGUACAGGAGAGUGGCCUUUUAAAAGCUAAUUUUACGUAAAUCUGUAUUCUGUUGAACCUGAAUGACAAACCAUACAUUUGUAUGGAAUUCCAGGUCCAGUGAAAAUGUUUAUAUCAUCUACAAUAUUCUGUUUGUAUAAACAAUUUAUUGACUGCAUGACUCGUUUGUUAUAAUUUGUGAUAUUUUGUAUAUUUCUCACAUAAAAUGCUUGACCCUGAAAUGAA